GGGGCAAACAGUCAAAAUCCUCGCGCGUUCCUCGAUACUCGAUAACACAUUCAUCAGGAUGAAACGGUAUAACGCGAUUCUAUCUGUCACUUUGUUGUUGUCGCUCGUCUGCGUCGCGAUCGCGCAAGAUCCGAGGGACGCGGAGGAGGAGAUCAGGCUGACGAGGGCGAUGGACGAGUUGAACAAGAGGGAUACCAUCAGCAUCUACGGUGACAUGAUCACUUUGGAGAAGGUUGCGAGCGACGAGGAGGAGGGAAGAUCGAAGAGCGAGGAUCCUCUGAUAGGACAGAUCGAACGGUUCUUGAACACCAGGAGGAUCCGCUUUCAUCUGCCCAACGAUGGAUCUUCGGCGGAUAUGUUCGGCAGAGCGUUGGGACGGAAGGAUGUGGGCGUUGAACUCAGAGGCUUGAUCACGGGGGCAUCCGAAGCCCGAACCAAACUGAAGAAGAUGGUGCUGCCGCUUCUGCUGGCCCUGAAACUCAAAGCUAUGAUCGUCCUGCCCAUCGUCAUCACUCUGAUCGGGCUGAUAGGGAUCAAGGGACUCGGCGCCGGUCUGCUGUCCCUUCUCCUCUCAGGAGCGGUUGCCCUCAAGGCGUUGCUCACGCCGCCACCACCCCCCGCCAGGGUGACGUACGGAGUCGUGAAACCAGAGAUCCAUCACGAGCAUUGGCACAGGUCGCAGGAGGAGUUGAAUCAACCCUACAGAGGUUGGGCGCCUGAAUUUGGGCCUGAACAAUAUCCCUACCAGGACAUCCCUUGAAUUUAAUCUUUAAAAAUCGUUAACAAAACGUUCAUCCUCUCAUCCCACCCCCCUCACUUUAUUUAUUAUCUCCUCUCUGUUACCCUCUGCGUUGUAUUUAAAUAAAAUGGCAUCGUAUCCUCUC